CUUCCACGCGCCCCAGCGACCCCGCGACCCAUGACUCACGCCUACCCGACCCCUGUCCCGAGUGUUACCUGCCCCUCCCCCUUCCUCCUGCCCAAGAACUCGAAAGAUUAUGUCGAACAUGGAGAAACACUUAUUUAACUUGAAGUUUGCUGCAAAAGAACUUAAUAGGAAUGCCAAGAAGUGUAAUAAAGAAGAAAAAGCUGAAAAGGCCAAGAUAAAAAAGGCCAUUCAGAAGGGCAAUACAGAAGUUGCAAGAAUACAUGCUGAAAAUGCCAUCUGUCAGGAAAACCAAGCAAUCAAUUUCUUGAGAAUGAGUGCUAGGGUUGAUGCUGUGGCAGCCAGAGUUCAAACUGCAGUAACAAUGGGCAAGGUGACAAAAUCCAUGGCAGGUGUAGUUAAAUCUAUGGAUGCUACAUUGAGGAGUAUGAACCUCGAGAAGAUUUCUGCUUUAAUGGACAAAUUCAAACAUCAGUUUGAAACAUUGGAUGUCCAGACACAGCAAAUGGAAGAUACAAUGUGUAGCACUACUACCCUCAUGACACCACAGAACCAAGUGGAUAUGCUGCUUCAGGAAAUGGCAGAUGAAGCUGGCCUUGAUCUCAAUAUGGAGCUACCACAGGGUCAGACAGGGUCUGUUGGUGCAAGUGUUGCUUCUACAGAGCAGGAUAAACUGUUACAGAGGCUUGCUCGUCUUCGUGAUCAAGUGUAACUUAAAUAACUGGUGCUUCUGUUUCCUCCACAUAUUUCUGAAACAUCAUUUGUGUGUGUAUAUAUAGAUAAGUUGUA